UUUUUACACAAAAUAAAAAUUCAACUACUUGACAAGCAGUACCAGGAAAAUUUGUUUCAAGUAACAAACCGCUUCACUCACCCCCAGUCCAGAUCUGUCUCUCUCUCUCUCAACACUCUCUGCCUGUCUCUCUCUCUCUUUCUCACCCACACAGAGUGUUUCGAGCGUAUUGGGAAGAAAUAAAGAAGGAAUGUUGGAGUUGUCGGUGCAGUCGGUGACGGUGAUAUUGUUGAUAAUAGCGGGAGUAACACAAGGAUCAGUCCACGAAUACUCUGCUAAAGACGACAAGUUUGUUAGAAAGGGAAAUGCUUUUGUACUCCAUGGUGGUAGUGAGGGAAUUUACUCCUCUCCCUCUCGCAACUCUUUUAUCAGAUUUGAAAAAUUGACAUUUCGGAGGCCAAAAGAAAUAUCAAACUUUAGCAGUGGGGUGGUACACGCUGUUCUUUUUGAGGUAGAUGAUCGAGAAACAAUUGGGGGCUCGGCAUAUGGCGGCCAACGAUCUGUGUGCUGCACGUCAGAUCUUGCAAAAUUGGGGGUUUGUAAACAAGGUGAAAUCAUCCACCGCCAAUCUACCAAGAAUCCAGGAUGGCCCCAUGUGCUUGGUGCCUCAUUUAGUGCUGAUGAAGAAACUUCAAUGUUGCCUCCAAGAUCAAUAGAAAUUACUAGAACUGGGAUGUAUAAUCUGUAUUUUAUACACUGUGAUCCUCGUAUUGAGCAACUCGUAGUUGAGGGUAAAUCUAUAUGGAAAAAUCCUACAGGCUACCUUCCUGGAAGAAUGGCACCGCUUAUGAACUUUUAUGGGUUUAUGUCUCUGGCUUUUGUUCUGUUGGGCAUAUUUUGGUUCUCCCAAUAUGCUAGAUUCUGGAAAGAGGUUCUUCCAUUGCAAAACUGUGUGACACUAGUUAUCACACUAGGCAUGUUUGAGAUGGCUUUGUGGUAUUUUGAUUAUGCUGAAUUUAAUGAAACUGGAGUUCGACCAACUGGGAUAACUGUAUGGGCUGUCACCUUUGGCACCGUAAAACGCACCGUCUCACGUUUGAUCAUCCUCAUGGUUUCUAUGGGCUAUGGUGUUGUAAGGCCUACCUUAGGAGGUCUGACUAAAAAAGUAAUGAUACUCGGAGUUACCUUCUUUGUUGCAUCUGAAAUUCUUGAACUAGUAGAAAACGUUGGUGCUAUCAGUGACCUUUCUGGAAAGGCAAGACUAUUCUUUGUUCUUCCUGUAGCACUCUUGGAUGCGUUCUUUGUUAUCUGGAUAUUUACCUCCCUCUCUUCAACUUUAAAUAAGCUUCAGGCGAGACGAAUGAUGGUCAAACUAGACAUCUACAGGAAAUUCACUAAUGCUUUGGCUGUAGCUGUCCUCGUGUCUGUGGGAUGGAUAUGCUAUGAGUUGUAUUUUAAGUCAACCGACGUGUACAAUGAGCAUUGGAGAAAUGCUUGGAUCAUCCCUGCAUUCUGGCAAGUUGUAUCUUUUUCCCUCCUAUGUGUCAUCUGUGCUCUUUGGGCUCCAUCUCAGACUUCAAUGAGAUAUGCAUACUCUGAAGAUGGAACUGAUGAGUUUGACAAAGAAGAUACAUUAACGCUUAUAAAACCAUCACCUCUGCCCAUGGGUGAUGCACGAAGUCCUGAUGUUAGGCAAGUACACGGGGGGGAUGGGUUAUCAAAUGAUGAAUCUGAAGAAGACAAGACAGAGUGAUUUAAACCGUGAGGAUGACUUGGUCAAUUACACAUGAGAAGCUCUACUGCCCAAACGAUCACAAUACAAAUUCAGUUGUUGCUCAUCAACCUGUGUUGAGUUCAUUGAGGCAGUGACAUGAGAAGGCGUCUACAUACUGCCAAAUUAUUGUGUAUCUGGAUUUUUGUUUUGUUUUGUUGAUCUGCAUACUUCUUAGAAAUUUGAUUCAAGCAGAAAUUGUCAACUUCUAACGUUCCUUCCUAACUGUUUUCUUCCAUGGAUUUUAUUUUUCCCUUUUUUGAUAUAUACUUCUGGUCGAUAUUAUUUUACUAUACUAA